UUGUCUUGACUUAGUUAGUCUUAAAUAUGUCUACAAAAAAAAUACAGUACAGUAAACUAAGUUCUAGUUCUACAGCUGCAGUGCUACUGACCGUGAUAGUCUGGCAGGACUGAAUGGGAUGUAGGAGAGUUUAGUGCAGAUAAAGAUCUCAGCAGAGUGAAUCCUUGAAUAGUCACAGAAACAAUGGCCGUUCCCGUCCCAUCCACCUUGGAGACCAUUUUGGAGGAGCUGAAGUUAGAGUCAUCUCAAGUUCAAGAAGUUCCGGGUUCCAUUGUUGCAGUGGUUCACAAUGACUGGCUGCAUUACCUCUUUAAAAAUGGAGUGGUCCCCACAGCAAAACAGCUGAAUGUGCCACAUGCCUGCUGGGAGAAACUACCUGGGAGACCGGCUCAUGGGAGGGUGGAAAGCCCUUGGAAGAGAGUGGAAAUAGAAAUUAUUUCCAAACCAACAUCAGGGAAGACAAUAGUGCCUAAGAUAAAUCCCAAGUGGUUGAUGACAGGAGACCUGGGAUUCAUGGAAUUCAUGCAGUGCCUGGCUAAACAGAACUACCUCAACCAAUGGGAGCGGAUGUACCAAAAGCACGCUACUCUCCUAACGACCAAUAGAAAUGCUCAACAGAUAAAACAGGAUUCAAGCAUGGAACUUGAGGAAUCAUUAAAGGCACUUUUCAACUGCCCUAUCUUCAAAACUUGCCAAAGGGACAGACCUCAAGAAUUGGACAAAACAACAACCAGUGGGUUGCAGACAACCCAAGUCAAUUAUCAGCAGCAUCAGGAGCAUCCGAAUAUGGUCCCCGUUGUGUGCAUUAUCAGCAGUACUAAAUCUCUGUUUAUUAUCAGAAACUGUGUCGAGCACACUCUUCAAGACUGUAUAACCUUCAGUCCAGCAAUGCUUGGGAACUCUUACGCUAAGCCCUUGUUCGUCAUCUACCAAAUCUUGAAAGCAUUUGACUUUUGUCAUCGGCAAGGUGUACCAUGCGGCGAGAUUACUCUCAGAGACUUCUCAAUGGACAAAAAUCUCUGGGUGCAGUUUCGAGGUCCCAAAUGGAACGACUUAAUUCAGAGAAACUGUUGCGAGGAAAGCAAGAUCACGAAUGACAUUUCCAGCUCUGAAGGUGGAUCCACUGAAAGACUGAGUGCAAUGGAAACACCUGCAAAUGCAAAUGAUCCUAUCCAGACCCUACCUGAGCUGGUCCUCAGCUGGGUCAAAGGUGAACUCUCCAACUUUGACUAUCUCAUGACUUUGAACUCCCUCGCAGGUCGUCAUGCUAGUAACCCAAACCACUACCCAGUACUUCCGUGGGUCAUGGACUUCACCCGCCCAGAGGGUGGCUACCGUGACCUCUCCAAGUCCAAGUACAGGCUCACCAAAGGUGACCACCAGUUGGAUUUCAUGUAUGAGUCCUCGUUGAACCAGUCCUCCUCCCCGACAGACACCGCCCUUCAGAAUCCUCAUCAUAUCUCAGAUGUCCUCUCGGAGAUAACGUACUAUGUCUACACAGCCCGGCGGACGCCCAAGUCAGUACUGUGCGCCCAUGUGCGAUCCACGUGGGUUCCGAACGAGUACCCGUCAAGCAUCCAGAGACUUCAAGAGUGGACGCCCGAUGAGUGUAUUCCAGAGUUCUUCACCGAUCCUAAGAUCUUUCAGUCUAUUCAUGAAGACCUACUGGAUCUUGAAGUACCAACGUGGUCCUCUGGACCUGAGGACUUUAUUGCCAAACACAGGGCCAUAUUGGAAAGUGAUUAUGUGUCUGAUAGACUUCACCGAUGGAUUGAUUUGACAUUCGGGUUCAAGUUGUCUGGUGGAGCUGCUAUCCGGGCCAAGAACGUCUGUCUUCACUUGGUGGAUCAGCACACACACCCGACAAGUCACGGUGCUGUACAGCUCUUCAACGUCCCCCACCCCCGCAGACUCAUCCCGUCACCCUAUCUGUCACCAUCUCCACCCACAAUCAUCCGCAAGCAACCAAGAGUAGAUGGAAGUGUAGCCGGCAGAACUGCUGACAUCGAGAUUGUACAACCUGAGGUCAUCACAGUUAGCAAUGAGCAAACAAUGAGGUCAUCAGAGUUCAUUACUGGUGUUGUUGCUGCGAAAGAAGCCACUCCAGAAAUCAUUGUGACAUCGGGGCAGUCAGAUGGGACUGGAGGAUCCUCAACAGCCACAGAUGGAAGUACAUGUAGUAGUAGCUCCGGCAUGGAGAUAGUUUCCGAAACCAAUCUAGAAGUAUCCAUUGACACCAUCGACACUAUUAACAGCAUCGUCAGUAGCGGUAAUGGUACUAAAGCUAUAGACAUGCCAUCCCAACCACCAUCAGUACAGCCUCUCAUGGCACAGACGGCCGACGAAUCGUCUCUUCUGAAGAACCCCAUCAAGAAACUGCCAUUUUUUAGAUCCAAGGCAGAUACCCUGAUCGAGACUAAACCAUUGAUCCCGAGACCUGAGCAGAUGAGAAUCAGUCUACCAGAUGACUACGAGCCUCUAGCCGCUCUUAACCAACUAGAGUCUCUCUAUUCGUUCUCUUCAAAGGCUCUGCAAGGCUUGCCGGCCAAUAGAGGAAAGAAAACCCCGGCAGAUUGUUCAAUUCAUCUCCUUGGGCAGGACAUGCACGUGAUGGGUUGCCUCAUCGUUGAGAUGUUCCUUGCUCCUAAGCUAAGGAUGUUACAUCAAAACGCACCACUCUUGGAGAGAUGGAAGAUACUCAGGAGAGUUUUUGAUACGGAUUGGCUGGAUCUUCCGAGGCCAGUACGCCAGGUCACCAGAUUACUUCUGGAGAUGGACACUAAACCAAACCUUGGGGAUAUAACGGAUCAUCUCUAUCGACAACCAGCCAUGGGUCUACCGCAUCCUACAGCGAAUAUGCUUCUCCAACCCGCAGCUGAAGUUAUCUACUUUCCUGGUUACAUGCCCAAUGUAUAUAAAUUACUAAGCGAUCUUCAAACUGCCGGUUUGGGCAGCGCUGGUAAGAUGGACCUGAAGAAACAGAGUGUCGCAAAAAUACACCACGUCUCCCGCCAUCUACCCAAGAUCGUUCGUCAGUUGACUGCGGAAGGUCGGGAGCUACUGUUUCCCUACCUGCUGGAGCUGUUCCAGUCUGUAGACACCGCCCUCUAUGCGUGUCUCCUGUUGCUAACCAAGGUCGCUCAGUUUAUCGGACCACAGCAUGCCACGCGGAAGCUCUUGCCUUGUUUGUCGCAAGUCUACGACUCGGAGUUCACCUCGCCAAACUUCAUGCUGCUUUUUCAUCAGUCCUUCCUGGCAAAGCUCAUUGUGUGGUUUGGGCUCAGGCCGUUCCUCUCCAAUAUCAUUGCCUUCGUAGUGGAUGCUGUCACGGGUCUGAAAGAGUGUCCAGAGUUCAGGCCUGCGGUGGACGACCCGAUAUCUAUCAGUGCAGAUGACAAGAAAGUAAGACCCACAUCCAUGGGCCGUGGACCAUUGGAUCUAAUAAACCUUGAUGAUGAAGUUGAUCUUCAAGUCACUAAUGAUGUUGACAUUGCUCUUGAUCAAGGGGACGGAGAAUCGGAGAGCUUAAGUAGCGACGAAGACAUCCCAUCAUCAUCAAGCAGGAAAGACUCUGAGAGCACAGAUACAAGUAGUCUUGGCCCAACAGCUCAAACGGAAAAUCAAGAAGACACUCCUCACCCUGAUGAUAGUAAGUCGGAAAAAACAUCUGAGGAAAGUGAUAUCAGCCAAGUAUCGAAUGAAGUUUCAGAUGGACAAAGAACAUCUGAAUUGUCAUCAGAAGAGACCAACAAGUCUAGAAUGUCAACAGAUGCCUUAUUAUCCAACAACUCUGAUGGAUCUCAAGAAGAGAUGGUCCCUAAGUCUGAUGACGCCAUUCCUGCAGAUAUUCCUAAAGACACCUCAGACAGUACUCUCGAUGUGGACGCCAUUGUGACCGACGCAGUGAAAAAAACAGCUGAACCCGACCCGUCAGUUACAGAAACAGACCUUUCCAUAGAGGAGCCAUCAGAGGACCCGAUACAGGAGUAUCUCAUGUCGAGUCUCACCAAGGGUCGUCUGACUUCCCUGGGGAAUCUGCCUCCUGGAUCCCGCCUGAUGGACGUGGCUGUGGACAGCGUGACGUGGCUGAGUCGUCGCCUUGGACCUGCUCUGACUGUCACUCACCUUACCAAGAGGCUUUUGAAGGCGCUCAAGACCUGCUUCAUGGGAGGACAUCUUCUCUCCUACUUUGAUCUGGAUAGCGACAGUGACAGUAGUGAUGAUGAAUAUGGUGUGUACAUUGAACGGCGAACUGUUCUUGGUGACAGCAAUGCAAAAGCUGUAUUGGGAUGUCUGACAGACGUAGCAGUACUUUACGGAGAGGAGUUCAUCUUCAAACGUUACCUUACUUACAUCAAAGAAACCGUUUGUUCUGUGAGGCGUAAGAUUAAUCUGAAAGCAGAAGCCAACCUUGUUUCCUGCAUCGUGCUAUUAAGACAUCUGAUUCCAUUCAUCACAGACUCACAGCUCAUGGAUAAACUUACAUUUAUCUUCAGGAAAAUCCUUCAGCCUUUGGUCAAUGUCGUCCAAUCCUGCCAGCUGAGCUUUCCUAGCGGAGCUCAAGGGAGGGCAGUCAUCUGCUACAAGCUGGUAGACGUCAUGACGACCAUCGGCUUGCGCAUUGGCCGGGAGAUGGCACGGGAGCACAUGACAGGGACCCUGCAGCAUUUCUUUGUCUGUUUUGAAUUGGUACACGGCGACAGAAGUCCAGGUGCCAAGCCGUGUCCUGACAUGGAGCGACGUUACAAUCAGUUUUCCCAUAGUACAGACAGUGAGGAUAUGUACUGUGAGAUUAAGGUGGACUCUCAGACCAACCAGUACAAGAUAGGAACCCCUACUAAGCUGGAGAACCUCCAUGGAGAAAUGGCCAGAUCACCAAACGCGUUUUCAUCUCGGAUUUCAGAUAAUCUGCAUGUGGAUGUGCUGGAGGAUGGACACAGUGUAGAUCCUGAGAUCAUGAAAGAAUUAAGAGAAACUUUUAGUCCUGAGAUGGCCAAUACAGCUUACAUUCCACUCUGUCGACUCACUGGAAGUAUCCACAUGGAGCGAAUCCUUUACAAUCAUGACCUCAUUUGGAGAUUAUCCAGUCAGCAUGAGAAAGCCCUUGCAGAUCAGAGGGCGGCUGCUGUUUCCACCAGCGCCGAGGUCGGAGAUCAAGGUGAAGCCGUGCAGAGGCAAACCUCCUGGUUUGUGGACAUUGGUGCACUGGACAACACAGAAGAUCUUUUAGACCCUGGAAACGUUAACCAGAACCCCAAUGCACAGGUCAUCGGUAAUCGGAUUGACAUUACCACCUACAGCAGUGAUUCGGACAGUGAUGAGGAGGAUACCAGUCAAAAUGUGGCCCGAUCGACCAACGUGUUUAAGAGUAAGCGCCAGAAUCCAAGCUUACUGAUGGGAAAAAGUAAACGGCAGCUCAAAGGAGAAUGGCUGUCUUACUGGGAGAACUUCUGUGACAACGCUGAAAGUUCCUCUCUGACCUACAACCAAAUCAAACUGCAGACUUUUGUUGGUCAUACUGGAGGCAUCAAGGCCUUGUUUGGCAUGGAUAAUGAGAACUCCUUCAUGAGUGCCAGCAAGGACAAGACGGUCAAACUCUGGUCUCUACGAAACCAAGGCGAUGGGUCAGGGAAAUCGUCUUGCCGCUUCACCUACUCACAUCACAAGAAAGGUGUCUUCUCUGUCACCUUUCUCGAGUCGCAAAGGCUUGUUGCUUCUUGUGAUGGAAAUGUACAUCUGUGGGACCCGUUCACUGGUGCCCAGGUUCACCGCUACGAUCUUGCCAAGUUUGUGCCGAGCCUUCUAGUCAAGAUGCCGUCACCAAGCCCAGUGCUAGUGGUUGCCAUGGCAGACACCAGUGUAAGGCUUAUUGACACUCGCAGUAGCAUCGUACAGCAGGAGCUCAAAGUGGCCUCUGGAACCCUGGGACUGAUUCGUUGCUUAGCCGUCAGUCCAGGCAGUUCUACUCUGGGUGUUGGUCUUUCCUCGGGUGUGCUGUCCAUGGUUGACUUGAGCUCUGGAUUGUUACUGGGUGGAUGGCGUGCUCACGAUGGAGAGGUUAUGCAGAUAAAAGCUUGUAGUGGUAACCGGUUCCUGACAUCAUCUGUGGAUCAUACCAUUGCGCUAUGGAGGGAAGAUGGAACUAAGGCGUGUACUUUCAGGGGUGCGUCAGAGCCCGUCCACUGCAUGAGUGUUUGUGAUGGUCAGAUUGUAUCAGCAACAACAUCCAAUAGAGUUGGGAUUCAUACCACCUUGGACCAACAGGCUUCGUUUUCGAGUCAUCGUGUUCGCUCAGAUUUGGUGAAAGGAAUGGUAACAACCCUGGAUGUGAUGCCUUUGAAUCGACUGUUCCUUGUCGGCUCUGAUACCGGCUUAGUCACUUUACUGGCAUAACUCAGGGAGAAGCAACGUGAAGGAAAACAAUCUCUGAUUGUUUCCACUAUCUUUGACAUGAGGAGGAUAAACGGAUUGUUUAUGGGUUGGGUUUUUUGGGGGGUGGGUUAGUCUUCACUGGCAGAAGGCGCUACAUCAACUAUUUUGUAGGCUAUCUAGGAGGGACUGGGCAUCCCUAUAAAUCUGGAUAGGGACAGUGCUUGACUGUUUUGGUUUUCCUCCCGGGGAAAAAAAGCAUGCAGAUCAAAACAAGGCUAAAUGGCAUAAAUCCCUUCCAAGAAACUCAGGAAAAAAACAGUUAUGACCAUAAUUGAGAUUGACUAAAGGCACCGGUCCCACUGCAACGAUAAUGAUCACGUCGCAAAGAGAACGCGUUCUGUUGGUUGAAUUGCUCCACGCAGAAUACGCACACGCUCAUUCAACCAAUAGAAUGCGUUCUCUUGGCGUUGUUAUCGUUAUCGCUGCAGUGGGACGGGCCUUAAGACUUCUCAGGCCUGCACUUGUAGUUUCACAUACAUAGGUUGAACUACGCGGCACAAAAACAAAGCCCCCCCCCCCUCCAUUAGAGAAUCCUUCGACCAGUCCAUGUCACCAUAACUAUAUUUAUUUAUGUAAACAAAGGUUGCAUGGACUAGACCUGUACUGCAGGCGUUGUUCAUAAAAGUCUGAACAAAAAAGUAAUUUACAACUUAAAAGUCAUGGCAUUAUUUACACAUAAAAAACGGGGCACUGCUAAAAAGUGUAUGUGAAGAAAAGAAGAGACAACUUUUAUGCGAUAUGUUAAUGAUUUAUUGUUGUCAAACAGUUCUGGUAAGCGAUAUUUGUCUGUGCUUAGCUAUAUUUUGAUAUCUUGGUUCUAAAUUUAAAAAAAAUUACCUAUGUGCAUUACCAGGCAUAGAGCUGCUAAGAUUUAGGCAGCUAUGUGCUUACAUUGCUUUUUUUCUGGGUUUUUUCUUGCUUAGUAAAAGAAAAAUGAGGAUAGUUGAUAUACAAACAGUAUUUUUCGAAGUAAGUUCUGUGAAGCUGUCUGGAUUCAAUACGCAGCUGUGGUCUUUAUGCAAUAAUGGGAACAUGGUGUUGAAAACCAAAACAGAAAGUGCAAUAAUAUCACAGGUCACUUCAACAAAUGGUGAGAAAUAUGAUUCCAGGUUUUGUGCUAUUUUAAAAGUUGAUUUUGUUUUCACUAUAAAUCAAAACAAUGUAAGGCGUCUGUUGUUUCUGAUGUUCUGUACAAAAUAUUAAUUUAUUCUUUUCUUUAUGUGCGUGUGUCUGUGUGUUUCAAUGCUACAUACGCAGUGUGUACCUUGGAACAAUAGAGGUGCACAUAAUGUAGGGACUUUAAACACGAACCGAGGACCUAUAACAAAAGAAGACAAUGGUACCCAGUUGGAAAGUGUGUACAAAACCAAUGGGAGCUGUUGCCAAAAAGUUAAGGGUACAACAACAGAGGGACAACAGGAGGUUUCUGGUGUCAGGUGUUAAUGCUUGUGUUAUUGUGGAAAAUGGACAAAUAUUUAUAAAAUAUCAAAACAUCCUUACUUGUAAAAAGGAUUGGUGACAAAAUGGUGCAAAUAAAAAGAUUGAUAAUCAUAUUCAUAUAAGUAAUAAUAAGUUUGUAUAUAGCGCCUUAUGCAUUGCCUCAAUCAAAAAGUAUUAAAGUCACCUGGAAGUGGUAUUUUUUCAAAAUGUAGCUUUUGUCACUAUUAUAUGUGUUUUGAUGAGUGGA